AUGUCUCUUAAUCGUAUCAUUAUUGAUACUGAUCCUGGUAUCGAUGAUGUUCUCGCCAUUCUCUUAGCCUUGGCUGCAAAGCCAGAAGAGUUAGAUGUCAUGAUGAUUUCUAUAACUUAUGGAAAUGUUGAAGUUGAUAGUUGUUUGAAGAAUUGCGUAGCUUUAUUUCAUGUCCUUGAACAAGAAUUGAAAUGGAGACAGGGGCGUGGUCAACUUGAGGGCUUUGAUGCAAUGAAGAAGUCCAAGCCUAUCGUGGCUGUUGGAGCAGAUCAUCCACUUGAGGAUGAGAUGCUCAUGGCAGAUUACUUCCAUGGCGUUGAUGGUCUUGGUGGUGUUCAUACUAGUCAUCCACAUCUAUCUCCCGCCGAUACUUGGAAGACACUUUUCCAACCUCCUCCCGAAAAUGCUACCGCUGAAGGAAUUGCUGAAGCCCGCCUACUCGCUUCUCCAUCUCCAUCAUUCACAGCUUCUCAUGUUCCUGCUCAUAAGGAAAUGCUUCGCUUACUUCGAGAAAACCCUAAAGAUACAAUUACAAUUGUUUGUGUUGGACCUUUGACCAAUAUUGCUUUGGCUGCUGCGGAAGAUACUGAAACAUUUUUAAGAGUCAAGGAAGUUGUAGUAAUGGGUGGUGCGAUUGACGUAGAGGGUAAUAUUACCCCUGUCGCUGAAUUCAAUACUUAUGCAGAUGCGGUCGCAACUGCCAGAGUAUUUGCCCUUACAGGUCCAAACCCAAUUACCACCAUGCCACCGGUACCUUUGAAUAAGUCAACUCUUCCGCCAUAUCCUACGAACCUCUCCAGGAAACUUAACUUAACAUUAUUCCCCCUGGAUAUUACAACUCCACAUCAGUUAAUGAAGUCAGACUUCCAAGCGAAGUUGAAACCCCUCAUCAAAGCUGGAAGUCCUCUUGCAGAAUGGGUAUCUGUAUUUGUACACAAGACUUAUGAGAAAAUGAAUUCUCUUGGUAGAAAUGCAACAUCAAACCCAGGUCUCGAGUUACAUGAUCCACUUUGUAUUUGGUAUAUGUUGACUCGUUCAUCUCCUACUUGGAUGACUUUCCCAAGAGGACCAGAAGAUAUUCGAGUUGAAACAUCUGGUCAAUGGACUAGAGGUAUGCAUAUCGUUGAUAGACGUAUGAGAAAGAAGGCAGGAGUUGAACAAGUCAAGAGCCCUGGAGCUAUUGAUAUUAGAGAUCCAAUGGAGAGCAUUGCUUCCGUCGUUCAUAUUAACAACGAUAUUGGUGAUGUUACAGCCGAGGAGCCUGGAGACAAUGGUGGCUGGCUUAGCGUUCAUAAGGGUAACAGAGUCAACAGAAUUGUUGGUACUCCUGGAGAGGAAGCUUUUGGACCUUACCUUUUGGAAAGAGUUUUUGGAUAA